UUCUGAGAUGUUUCUCACUACUGUAAUUUUUUGCUGUGCGUUGUUUGGUUUUUAGUGGGAUCGAGAAAAUGGAGAUUUUACUGAAGAUACUUUGUGUUGGACUUGCUGUCACUCCAGUGUCCUGUUUCGUUAACCUUGCACAAUUGCCGCAAUAUAGAGGUCAGGCCUCCCAGAGUUCAACGUAUCCCAAAAAGCCCUGGACUGCAGACAAAGCAGUGGACGGAUAUCUUCAGUAUGAUAACAAUGAAUCUACCUGUAGUUUUACUAGGAAUUGGGCGUCAAUAACGGCAUGGUGGAAAUUUUCUUUGAGGAAAUCAGCAAACGUUGCAUACUUGGAGAAUCAUUUUAGGAAUAGAUGUUGCCCGUAUGCACAUUUCGGGGAAAACUGCUCACGAUGUGGACUGUGUCAGGACGGAUUGUGUGACGUAUUUAACGGAUCCUGUAUCCAGGGAUGCAGCACCCACGGGAUGGAUCCUCCACUCUGUAUCCGUACGCCUGGGUUUCACUAAUUCUUUAUAUUCUCAUAAUACAUGUAUUUAUUUGUUUUCUCGAU